CCGGGGCCGGGGCCGCCGGGGCCCAGGGCCCGGGCGCGGGCGGGGUAUGGGGGGCACCCUGCGGGUGGCAGUGCUGGGCGCCCCCGGCGUGGGCAAGACGGCCAUCAUCCGGCAGUUCCUGUACGGGGACUUCCCCGAGCGCCACCGGCCCACGGCCGCCCGCCGCCUCUACCGGCCCGCCGUGCUGCUCAACGGCGUGGUGUACGACCUGAGCAUCAGCGACGGCGGCCCCGGCCCGGCCCCGGCUCCCGCAGCAGUCCCCGCGACCGCCCCCGCGGCCGCCGCAGCCUCGGCCGCCAGCAGCAGCAGCGCCUCGGCCUCCUCGGCCGCAGCCUCGGCCGCCACCAGCGCAGCCUCCUCGGCCGGGGACGGGGGCCUCCAGGAGCUGCCAGACCUGAAGGACUGGAGCCUGCAGGACAUGGACGCCUUUGUCCUGGUUUAUGACAUCUGCAACCCGGACAGUUUCGACUACGUCAAGGUGUUGAGGCAGCAGAUAGCAGCGAACCGGCCAGCAGGCGCCCCAGAGGCCCCCAUCAUCGUAGUGGGGAACAAACGGGACCAGCAGCGGCAGCGCUUCAGUCCCCGCAGGGCCCUGGCCGUGCUGGUGAAGAAGAGCUGGAAAUGCGGCUACAUGGAGUGCUCGGCCAAGUACAACUGGCACGUGGUCCUGCUCUUCAAGGAGCUGCUGAGCAGCGUCCUGGCCAGGGGCUGCAAGCACAGCCACCCCGCCAUCCGCCUGCAGGGCGCCCUGCACCCCAACCGCUGCAGCCUCAUGUAGCGGACUCUCCCGGACCCUCCCGAGGACUUUCCCGGCCCAGGAAGCCCCGCCCGGAUGCGCUUCCGCUGGGAGACCGAGGCUCCUUCCAGGCCCCGGACUGCGUUGCUGGAGCUGGGGCGGGGGGCUGGGAACAGGAGCCCGGCGUCCAGGCCCUCCGCCGGAGGGACAGCAAGGGCCAAGGGCCGGGCCCCAGCUAGGGCAGGAGGCUCCUGCUCCACCACAGGACCCUGACGGCAGGGCUUGGGAGGGUGACCCCGCAUGUGUCCCCCAAGGGCUAGUCUAUCCUGCUCAGGGCCAAAGCUGACGGAAUAAAGAGGAGAAGGAA